CACAGGUCUGAUCUCAAGAAAGAACCUGGUUUCCAUGAAAGAAACUUGAGAAAUAGCUUCACCUGCAGUGCUGUCUGAGCUGGUGGGGCAGGCGGGAAUGCAGCAGACAAUAUUCACUCUCCUGGCCUUGGCUGCCUGUGUGGCGCUUCACACCUCUGAAGCCAUACUUCCCAUUGCCUCCAGCUGUUGCACCGAGGUUUCACAUCAUAUUUCCAGAAGGCUUCUGGAAAGAGUGACUGUAUGUCACAUUCAGAGAGCUGAUGGGGAUUGUGACUUGGCUGCUGUCAUCCUUCAUGUCAAGCGCAGAAGAAUCUGUGCCAGCCCGCACAGUCAUAUUAUUAAGCAGUGGAUGAAAAAACAAGCGGCCAAGAAAAAUGUUAAAGACAACAUUUGUCAUAAGAAGAAACACCAUGGCAAGAGGAACAGUAAAGGCGCACAUCAGAGGGGCCGUAAAAUACAUGGCCAUAAAACUCCUUAUUAGAGAAUGUACAAAUGAACCUAUAAAGACGAUUCCUGAAGUGAACUUGGCCAUGGUUGGUUAUAAAUUUCUUAUGUGAAUGUUCCUUCUUGGGAGUUAGAUGUCAAAACAAAACAAUAUUUUUUAAAAGGAACAAGUAAACAGUAUGCAAAUGUAGCCAAUGACAUCCUCAACUGAAAAAUGAAAUGAAAAGGUAAUACUUAUCUUCAUAUAAUAUUGUAAGAGCAGCAUCCAGAUACAAUUUCAACUUUUUUAUUACGAAGUUUUCCAAACCUACAGAGAAGUUGAAAGAAUGGUACAAUGGAUGCCUGUAUACUUGUCACAUGGAUUAAUCAUUGUUAAUAUUUUCCCACAUUCAUUUUCUUCCUCUCUUCUUUCUUUGCAUAUGUAUAUAAAACAUUAGGUAUCUAUAUCUAUGUCU